GGUAUAUUCAGUUUGUCGGAUGCGCGCGCUUCGAGCGUACGUGGUUGUCGUAUAUCAUUGUUCAUCUCAUACAAAAUACAACAAUAUAACCCAAAAAUAUUCAUACAGAUCAACAAAACAUUUAUAAAUAUAAAGUGUAUGUGUUAAAUGAAGUGCUUUCUGUUAUGAAUUGUGAAAAAACUGCAAUAUACUAGUGGUAAUGACAAGAAGCUUUGCACAGCGUCCUAGUAUCUUGAAUAAUGAUAUAAAACAACAUUUUGUACGGCGAUAAAUCGGUCGUAACUGGGCUGUUUAAUCGGUAAUGUGCUAUCAGACCCGGGGUAAAGAUAGGGGUUAUUGAUAUAAAAUAAAUUUUGAGUGAAAUAAGUGUGAACAGUUAACAUGAUAUUAAAGUGAAAGAUACGAUUUUUAAUGUUAAAAAUGUGUCAAUUAUAAAAUGAAGUGUAGAGUUCACUUUUCUGGCCAAUGAGAUUGUAUGGAAUAUGGCACGGCAGAGGCCGACUACAAGGCACUUUCAUAACCAGCCUGAGCUGCGCCGUGGAGACAGUUCCGGGCUCAUGCUGAGAUGGAUCUUCUUAGGCUGGCUGGCCAGCUGUGGGCCGCUGGGGAACACCGUAAAACAAGAUGGUUGCAUCUUUCCACCUCGUUGGCAAGGCAAAUGGUUCCAGUCUGGUGUGAUCCAGCCGAUCGUCAUCGAAGGUAACAUCCUCUCGAAUAAGGGACGCUGCCUGUCUUCUGAAGGGGAUAAGUUCCUGAUAGUGGACGAGAAAGGAUGCUAUCGCUGUGUUGUAAUGCACGAGAAGCAUAUUAAUGUUCUACAGUAUAAAGAAACAUUUUGUCAUCGUCGUGAUGCACUCCCUCAUCUGUGUUCCUUGAUAACCGGCGACGCUCUCCUUUACUCAAUGUUCAGAGAAAAUGCUGAGCCGGUCGACUGUCCACUAAAAGCGCCAUUUUCCUUUACAUACAACAGAGGUCAUGGUGACUGCAAGUUUCCAGCAUCGUCCAUAGAGAGCUGUACCGAGGACUCCAGACUUCUCCUGAAUUAUCAAGCGUGUCCCGACGUCUACGGAUCAGAAAGUACCGUUGAAGAGUUAGAGUGUCUUGCGACGUGGAAGGAGGGGAGUCUCAGGUUCCUGGUGGGGAAACUCCAUCAUAACCACGCAACAAGCAAUGAGGACCGCUACAGAUGCUUUGUCUACGAGAAGACAAAUGGUAUUGGUUCAGCACCUGGGUUGAAAGAUAAUCCUGUGACUCCUGGGGGAGUGGAAUAUAGAGUAGCUCAGUCUGGUGAUGCAACUUGUAACGGUCUGUUCAGUGCUACUGAAGGUUCUAGGACCAUGGCCUUAAAAAGAGUUUCAGUAAAAUUCAACUGUCAGUUCCCCUCCUGGAUGACAUUCUCUCACACGUGGCACACCCUGGAUUUUACGAGUAACUACACGUUCUACCAACGAAAUGCGACGCUCCGUAUAACGAACCAUACUGGUGCGGAGGUCAAAGUAUUCUGCGUCAAUGUGAAGGCUAGUUCGCCGAGUGGAAAUUCCGUCGCAUUGGUUGCGCAUUGGCAACACCACUGCGUCUCUCGCUACGUUUGCGUGGUAUUAUACCGACGGGAUACGUACAUAGCUGAACUGCAACGCGGAUCACCAACAUCCAGACCUGAUGAUGCCUGCUCUCCUCACCAUUUUAAUGCUGUUACCGCACCGUAUAUUACAUUAGUUGCAAGUAAUCCGGAAUCCAAGGAAUGCCCAUACUCCGGGAAAUACACUAUCUCAAACCACAGACACCAGAGAAGCAUAUCAAAUAACCUCAGACUACGAUCGCGAAGAGAUAACCCCGUAAAUUAUAAUAACCAUAGAGCAAACAGUUCUAGAAUGUUCAAUUUUAGCCUUAGGAAUAUAUCGGAGAUGCCAAUUCUGAGGGAUAAGAGGAAUGAUGAAAUAAGUUGUGUCAGCAGUACAUAUAGCAAGCUGGAAGUAGGGUGUAACACAGCUAAGAAUAUGGAAUUUUAUUCAACUUGUGAUAAUAAAGAAUUAGUUACAGCAUAUACGUGCCACGGUGGAUGGUACGAGAACGGCGCAUCAUUCGUAGUUACGACCCCCGUGACGCGCGACAGUACGGCAGCGAGACGAUACUGCUUCGUAUCGCGAGAUGCGAGGGAAGGGGUUCUCGCUGUGGGGCAAAGUGCCACCAACUGCGAGCGUGGUGUCGAUCCGGAGCCUUUGUUGUUCGACGCUUCGUUCACUGGGAAAUGUCAGGACGAAACCAAUAAGCAGCCACUUAUAAGAAUACCGUCUCCUUAUAUAAUCUACAUCACGCCUAUCGUUCUCCAUUACAUUAUACCAAGAUGAUGGAUGACAUAAGUCACUUGUCAAAACUUUUUACCCUAUUUUUUAGCUGGCACCUAACUUGGUAAGACUUCGCUCGUACUUUUAUUAGCAUCUUGAAGCUCCUGCGCAACUUUUGCCAACUUAUGUGCUGAUAACGGCCUUAAAACAUGGACUAAUUAAAUCAUGUUUAUUACAAUUUUUAAAUGUUUUUUAAUCAUUCAAGUUGCUAUUCUAGCACUUUGUUAAGUUACUUUUUACUAAUUAUAUAUAGUAAUACUUACUAAUUCCACAAGUACUGCUUUAAAUCAUUGUAUAAACUUGUUACCAUGGCACAUAGACAUCUUUAGUCCACGUUUUAAGUUCUUAAGCAUUGCUAUAAAAAUAUAGAAAAAUAGGUGCAUUUUUCAUUGUAUCAUUUAAAUUGUUUAUAAUCAAUAUGUAAAAAUAUUUUUUUAAGUAGCCUAAGUACGAUUAAUUUUAUUCAUCAUCGCACAUCAUUUAUAUAAACUUUCUUGUAUGAAUUGAAAUAUAUAUAAAUUAAAUUAUUACAGCUUUAACAAAUUGAAGUAAAAACAUUUAUGAAAGCUAAAUCAGUCUUUUUACACUGUUUACAAAUGUAUGUUUACACUAGGAUCUUGAACAUCGCUCAGUGGGGGUAUUGCGAACUAAAGAGUCAUGUUUCAAUAGCAUUUUAUACAUUAUGCGAUUGUGCUGACAGAAACUGACAUUAAUCUUCUGUAAUCACGUUCUUCAUUACGGCAAGCCUUAGCGCCUGUAUACUUCUGUAAGAACCUUAACUUGGUCGACCCAGCUAGUCGUGGUCUACCGGUCACCACAAGCUUCCCCAAGUUAUCGAGAUUAUUAUUAUAUGCCCAAAGAAGAUCAGGAUCUGUGGGAAACAGACAGAAGGAAGACGGGUUGUCACUUGUAGUUUGAUACAGCUCAAUUAUUUGUAUUCUAUACUUGAUGAAAAUAGUGUAAUUAGACGGUUUUUUUUUAUAAAUAAGUGUGAAACUUAGGGGUUGAGUGUUGGUGAAAAUGGUUGUGAAUAAUCAUUCAAAUUCGGAGAUUGAAAAUAUGUAAUGACAGAUAAAAAAAAUAUCAAAGUAGAACAAAAGCAUGAAAUAGAAAUCAUUUUGUUUCAAGCACUCCAGGUUUUAAUUUUUUUUUAAAACAAAGCUAUUUGAAACCUGUCUUUUUCGGUAACAAUUCGUUCUUUAUUUCGUAUAAAAAUCGGGUGGUUUGUAUUGUAACAUAAUAAAUGCAAAUUCAAGUGUGAAAUUUAAUUUUGUCUAAACAUACGUGGUCCGCCUUGAUUGAUUACGGAUUGACCAGCAAAAAUUCUGCUUCCAAUCGAACGAUCAUACGGACAACGCCAUCUCGCGGGAUUAAAUCUUUUUUUUCACAGACUAUGUUAACGCACAUCAAUAGUAUCUAGACAAAAAUAUUCUAUUCGACUUCCUGUUGCUAAUUUAAAACAUAUACUAACAAUGAAUUAUUCCUAUAAACUGUGCGCCUCAUUCUUCUAUUCCCGAAUGUCAAAAUCAUUACGUUUUUGACGUAUGGGACUUACAUACUUCACGUUCAGAAACACUAAGCAGUGUGUGACAACCGUAUGUCAAUGUCAAAUUGGAGCUGUCUUGUUUCUGAAUCUCACCCUAAUGUAAAAUUUGUUAAUUUGUUAAAUACAACAAUGAAUUAUAUGAGUUUUAUUAUACGAUUAUAUAAGAUUUUGGUUAAACAAUGCAAGGAGUCGAAAAGAAUAAUAGCUUUAACCAAACAGCAUUGAAGACUGUAACAUUGUUAUUUAUUAAGACAUUCUGUAUUACACAGCGUAUAACAUCGUUAAAUACUGUAUCAAAUAUUGCAAAGCAAAUAUGAAAACAAUGGCGAAAUAUCUCUCGUAUACCGAAAAUAUAAAUUUUGGAAAGAAAAUUGUAUGCUCUUGAGCGGUUCUAAUAAACAUAAUUUAUUUCUUUAUACGUAAAGACCGAGAAGGACUUUUACUAUUCCUGAUUUUGAACCCUUUCUAUUGGUCUUGACUCCCGCCUUAGCUUAUUUUGCGCAUUUCUUCAAAUAAUUUUAGUAUAAAAAUUUACAAAAACAGGUAAUGAACAUCGAAAUUAAAGUCAUUGUUUUCAUUCUUGUAAAACACACGUGAAGCUUAAAAUGUGUACAAAAUUAUCAUUACAAGUUAUUGCGUAGCUAGAAUAAUUUAGCAUAUUUCUUUAUCGAGCAAAUUAUAUUUAGGGGUAAUUUAAAUCAAUUCAGAUUCUUAAAAUAGUAUCCUUCUGAGCUUCACCGAUUUUAUAGACGUAACGUUGUUGAGUAUAUUUAUUUAUCUUCAUGUUGCAUCUUCUAGGUCUAUCGAAUAUGUUUUAAUUAUAAUUUAGAUUAUUUUGAUCGUUGCUUAAAAGACUUGUCAUCUCAUGUACCUUUAAGACUUCCGCAAAUACACUAGAUAGCUAGCACACGUUACGGUUUAAUAAUUAAUUUAAGGUUAAAAGUUGUCAAAUCAGAACAAAAAUAUUCACCCAAGAACUGUCACAAUAAAUACAAAAUGGAAUACGGGCCUAAAUGAUUAUAUCCACAGAGAGAGACAAAUUAUUUUGACCACAGAUAAUAAGCGCGUACUAUGACUUCCGUUUAACAAAUCCAAUGUUUUUACUUAGCUCUCAAAUCUCGACUGUGAAUAUUAUUCUACAUUUACCUAGAAACAUAUUAGUAUGGCACAGAUAGGUGAAAAUUGCUGCUUGUUGCUUUACCAUAAUUGUUGUAUUUGCGGGAGAAAAUCAGUACCAUAGCAAAAUAGGGAAAUACGGCUUUAUCAAUAAGUUGGUUAAGACGCCAUCUGAUGGCAAAAUAUAACUUUUAAACUACGUAAUUUGUUACAAACAAGGAAAAUGCUUUUCCUUCAUCAAGCAAUACUAGUUUAAGUAUUUAAGUAAAAUGUUUUAGAUAUAAAUUUUAGAUAGAUAAGUCAAAACGAAUACUCAAUUUGAGAUAUGUAUAGUUUAGUUAUAAUUACGUAGUUAUAAAUUCGCGACAGCAAUAAUAUAUUUGUAUUAAAAGCUAUUAAGCGUUAAAUUUUUAAUAGCAAUUAGGUAGACAGUUGUGAAUAAUUGAGCUAGUGUUGUUAUUUUUUAUGUGAAAGAGAUUAUUUCCAGGAAACAACGUUAACCGAGAACUAAUAUUAUGUCGGUCAUUGCUGGAAUAAGUUGUUUCCAAUGUGUGAUAUAGGUAUGGUAAUUAAUUAAGGAUAUAGACGUCAGCUGCAUGAUUAAUAAAUUAAAGUGCAAAAUA